GACAUGGAGAAGAUAAACAGAAAAGUAGCACCGCCGCUGUUGACGUUGUGUACAUCUGAAUUUUGCGUAUAAACGCGGCUUUACACGUCGUCUUUAUUACUUUGAUCUGUAUUCUAUUGAAGCAAUAUCGUCAAGGGAAAAGCUAAUGGUCCUGACAACAUGGACAGUGACCUGAGUCCCCAGGAUAAAAGAGACUUGGACAAGUUCAUUAAGUUCUUUGCCUUGAAGACUGUCCAGGUGAUAGUCCAAGCUCGUCUUGGAGAGAAAAUCUGCACUCGCUCCUCGUCAUCACCUACUGGAUCUGACUGGUUUAAUUUGGCCAUCAAAGACAUCCCAGAGGUGACUCAUGAAGCCAAGAAGGCACUGGCUGGCCAGCUUCCAGGCAUCGGGCGCUCAAUGUGUGUCGAGAUCUCCCUGAAGACGUCAGAGGGUGACUCAAUGGAGUUAGAGACUUGGUGCCUGGAGAUGAAUGAAAAGUGCGAUAAGGACAUCAAGGUGUCGUAUACGGUUUACAACCGUCUGUCUGUCCUUCUGAAGUCUCUGCUGGCCAUCACCAGAGUAACACCCGCCUAUAAACUGUCCAGAAAGCAGGGACACGACUAUGUCAUAUUGUACAGGAUCUACUUUGGAGAAGUCCAGCUGAGUGGAUUAGGGGAAGGUUUUCAGACAGUCCGUGUCGGUGUUGUCGGUACUCCUGUUGGCACAGUCACACUUUCAUGUGCCUACCGCACCAACCUGGCAUUCAUGUCUAACAGACAGUUUGAGCGGUCAGCUCCCAUCAUGGGGAUCAUUGUGGAUCACUUUGUGGAUCCUCCCUGCGGCAGCCAGCGUCCUGCAAACAUGGGACAGCCCUGCAACUACAGAGCUCCGGAUGACGAGGAGGGAGGACAGUUUGCAGGAGUUCAGGAUUCACAGGAGGUCUGCACCACCUCCUUCUCCACCUCCCCUCCCUCGCAGUGUGUGUGUACACUGAGUCCUUCUCCCUCUAAACUGUCCAAGCCCCUCCCCCUGGACAGUCUGCAGUUCCCAUUGGCUCCUGGACUUGUCACUCACACUCUGUAUACUUCCAGGUUAUGCUACCAGCCUCCCGCUCUAGCAGGAGCUGCAGAGCUUUGUCACCCUGCAGCCAAUCCAAACCAGCUAUUGCAUGCUGGGAAGGAGGGCGGGGUUGUGUUAGUUCCUGCCCAGCCUCCUCAUGCAGCUGAUGCCCAUCUGACUGUAGACCAUGUCCCCAACACACCUGGCAGCAGUGGUGAUGACGACGGCCUGACGCAGAGCGGAGAAGGAAGGAGCGAUGGACGGAGGGAUGAAGGGAGGAGGAGCGUUUCUCCUUCUGACCCUGUAGAGUCUCUCAACGCAUUCACGAGGAAAGUGGGAGCCUUUGUCAACAAACCCAACACACAGGUAACAGCAGCCAGUCUUGACCUGCCGUUUGCUGAAUUUGCUCCUAGAGGCCUGGACUCAGAGGAGAACGAUCCCAUGGUGCAGCCUCCAGACUCUCCCCCCUGCCCGUCCCCCCUGCAGGCCAGCCUCCACUCUCAGGGCUCCGAGGGAUCGGGGCAGCAGGACGACUUCGUCAUGGUCGACUUUCGGCCAGCCUUCUCUAAAGACGACCUGUUGCCGAUGGAUUUGGGCACCUUCUACAGAGAGUUUCAGAACCCUCCACAGCUGGCCAGCCUCUCACUACACAUCAGCUCCCAGUCAAUGGCUGAAGACCUGGACUCACUGCCAGAGAAACUGGCCGUCUACGAGAAAAACAUUGACGAGUUUGACGCUUUUGUGGACAUGCUGCAGUAGAAGAAAACUGGCUGAAAGGAGAGAAGGACUCAUGUAUGAGGGAGGACUGAAUGGAUGAUGACAAAUCAAAGAAAAGAGGAUAAAAAAAGAGAAUGAAAGGGAGAAGCAGACUCAAGGCUCUCUAGUUGUUUGUCCUGUGAGAAUCACUCAAACUAAAUCACCAUGUUUUAAUGUGAAGCCCAUCCCCCCCCCCCCCCCCCCCCUCCCCUGUCCACUUCGCUUCCCAGCUUGUACAGAUCACCCUCUUCACUGUAAAUACAGACUCAUCUCCUCUGACACUGACACACACACACACACACACAUCCCCCUCUCCAGUCUGGUAGUGUUAAUUCAAACUUGAGAAUCUGUAUUUUCUAUGUGGCACAAAUCUCUCAUUGUCAGUGUUUAAUCAGAAAAUCUGAUUAUCAUGUGGUUUUCUGUCACUUUAGACAGCCAUGCAAAUCCAAGGACAGACUGCCUGCACUCAUGAUAGUUUUUAUUAACCCUCUCCCUGCUGAACACUACCAGCCUCUGGCCUUUCUGAUCGUAUCUGCGCUGAAGGUGACAGAUCAGUGAUGCGACUUUAGAGAUCAAACUGUUGGUGUGUAACGAGCUGAAACUGAAAAUAUUGAAAAGCUGGUCUUGGCAAAUAAAUUGCACUUAACCUCACAGUGGAAGAGCAAAUCCUCUCCAGGUAAUACUAGUCUUUUGCUUAUGAGACUAGAGUGUCAUAAUUACACAACUGACAGUCUUGGUGGCAACUUCAAAGAAAUUUCCCCCCCCUAGCCAGAUUUUCCCAGCUGGUCUGGGGAUUUAAACUGCCAACCUCCAUGUUAGCAAAUGGCCCCGAUGGAAUUUAAAGUAAAUUAAUUGCAUCCCUAAUGUGUUAAGAGAAAUAAACAUUUUCACUAGCCAGUACUACUACUUACACAACAGCCGUGCAGUAAAUCCUGUGUUUAUGAAGGUUAUAAUGUGGUAAAUUGGGGGGCCGUAGUAUGUGGUGCUGUUGAGAUGUGUUGCAUAAUAUUUAAAGUUUCAAAUGGGGUGGACAAAAUAUUAGAAACACCUCAAUCUAACAACUCAACAGUAACACAAACUACAGCUUCAAAAUGACCAUAAACUAAAACUUAUAACCUUAAUGAAAGUAGAUGUGUUGCAGGGCUGCUGCAUUAGUUUUCUACUAAACUGACAAUGUAUUUACUGUAGGAUGUACGACAUGCAUUAUGUAUAUUUUGGGAUAAACACAUGUCCAAGUGUCAACACAAGGCGACAGGUCACCAUCCAUGACUGUUUGAGUCAGGUUGAAAGCUUUAAUUUAAACUUUUUGUUGCUGUUGGUCUAGAUGUCCUAAUAAAGCAUGGCUGCCCUGUUGAAACAA